AUGUCUGAUUCGAUUGCGCAGCAGGAUGUGGUGGAGACAGAGCAUACAACUGAUCCUGUUGGAGUGGUAGAUACAAAGGAUGCUAAUCCAGGGAUGUCAGUGUGUUCGGUUGAUGAAGCAUAUGACAUAUAUAAUGAUUAUGCCUUUAGAGUAGGUUUUAGCGUGAGGAGGGGUUGUGGUGCAUUUGUCCAAUUCGAUUUACAUGAGAAUGGGAUGUGGAUUGUUUCGAAGCAUGAGAAGUUGCAUAAUCAUGAAUUGGUUCCACCAAGCAAGAGUUACCUUCUAAGGUCACAUAGGAUGGUGUCUAGGAAUCAUAUAUCAUAUCUUACUGAUUUGAAGAGCAGUGGUGUGUCUGUUGUAGAUGGUAUUGGAUGGUACCGAUUCAAACACAUUGAUUGGAGGUUGUGUAGUUUUUACUUUGAUUUUGAGGUGGAUUUGGAGUCAAGGUUGUGUAGUUUUUUUUGGAGGGAUGGACGGAUGAGGAGAGACUAUGAUUUGUUCGGGGAUUUGCUAGUUCACGAUACAACAUAUCGUACUAACAAAUAUGACAUGAUUUGUGGACCUUUUGUUGGCAUGAAUAACCAUUGCAUGAAUGUUAUGUUUGGAUCCGGUUUUUUGAUGAAUGAGAAGAUUGAGUCAUUUGUAUGGUUUUUUAAGACAUUUUUGAGAUCUAUGGAUUACAAAAGUCCACAAAGCAUAAUGACUGAUCAAUGUGCUGCUAUGGCUGCUGCAAUUGUUCAAGUUUUUCCAAGUUCACGACAUCGGCUAUGUAUAUGGCAUAUUGGCGAGAACUCAAAGAAGCACAUUAAAGGGUUAAGAAAUCAAAAAGAUUUCCUAAAUAUAUUCAAUUGCUUGUUGAAGUAUACGGAUACAAAGGCAGAGUUUGAAUUUUACUGGACGAGAUUAUAUUAUACAAAAUACAAAAUUAUUUUUCUGGAUCAAGUUUAUGUGUAUCUAUUUGAUAGUUUAUCUGUAUUCAGGAUGGUUACAACAUAUAAAUGUCACAAUAAUCACUGGAUUGAAAAGUUGUAUGGGUGUAGAGAAAAAUGGUGUCCUGCUUUUAAUAAAGAUUAUUUUUCGGGUGGGAUUUUAUCUUCUCAAAGGAGUGAGACCACCAAUCACUCUAUUUCUAGAAGGUUGUCCAAGACAUCUGAGUGGAGAAGUAGAGAGAAUGGGGAAGAUGUUCGGUGUUCACAAUGUGUACCCACAAUGGUGAUGGAUAAUGUUAAGAUUUUGUUGCAUGCUAGGGAAAUUUAUACAAUUGAGAUAUACUAUUUGUUUGAAGAACAAUUUUUGAAAGGUGGAUCAUGCUAUCAAGAGUGUGUGAUGUUGGAAGAUGGUGUGUAUAAGUAUCAUGUCUGGAGGCCUGAUGUUGAUAUUAUUAGGCAUGAAGUAGUGUUUAACAGUAGACAAAUGGACAUUGGAUGUAGUUGCAAGUUGUUUACUGAAUUGGGGAUUUUGUGUUGUCAUUGUUUACGCAUUCUAAAUGUGCAUUGUGUUUCUGAAGUCCUCGAGAAGUAUAUUUUGAAGAGGUGGACUAAAAAAGUUGUUGAAGUUGAUAAUGUUGAUAUAAUGUCUACAGUUGAUAGUGGUAAUGGUGCAUCUUCUGUUUGGUUAUUAGAAAUCAUUAGGAAAUUUCAGAGGCUUGCUGUUUAUAGUCAGGAAAAUAUCGAAGGACGGAAGAUUUGUGAAGAAGCAAUUGCAGAUGCAAAGAGAAGACUUGAAGCUGAAUGUGGUGGCAGUUUAUUUGAAGAUUGUGACAUAGGAUCGACAAGUGGUGUUAUAAAGGAUCCAUCUACUAGGCGGAUGAAAGGGUUGCGGAAUAGGAGGGUGAGCAGCGUUAUUUCAAAGAAAUAUAACAAAGCAAGGGGACGGAAGCAUCUUGCAAAUAUGGUUGCUUCCAAAAUAAAAUCUGCUGUUCAGUCUCAAGUUGAGGGUGAUAUUUUAAAUAUUGCAGGUGAUAGAUAUCUUGUGCACCCAAGUUCCGGAGGUUCUAGUUUUUGUCACGUUAGCACAAUGUCAAGCAUGGAUGAUAAUUAA